AAACUUUCAGAAACUAAAUCAAUCAAGAAAGAAUAGUUUCCUGAUUAAGAAAGUCUAAAAGGACAACCUUUAGCGAUCCUCCAUUGUGUCAGGCCUAUAUAAAAACACAGGCUUAACCAUGACUUCACCAAACACAUUCUACUAAAUUACGAAAACCAAAGAGAAGAGAGGAAUAGAAAUGGCCAUGAGGACACGCAUUGGAGGAUAUGAUGCUAUCCAGUAUGAGAAUUUUCAACCCAAGUCUGAAUGGAAGGAAGAAGAGGGGGAAAAUGUUCUGUGCAUUCAUCUUCCUGACUUUCUAAAGGAGCAGCUGAAGAUCACUUAUGUUCAUUCCUCCCGAAUUGUUCGAGUUACCGGAGAACGACCACUUUCUUAUAAUAAAUGGAGUCGAUUCAAUCAAACUUUUCCUGUUCCACAAAACUGUGAGGUGAAUAAAAUUCAAGGCAAGUUUCAUAAUGGAAUUCUUUCCAUUACAAUGCCUAAAGCUAAAGCUACCAUAAAAAAAUCUCACCCCAAAGAAGAAGCAAGGGGAACCAAAGAGGCUGUGCUGCCUUCAAAAGAUGCCCUACCAGAGAAGACUACUACUUCUCAAGUCUCUCAGAAACCUAAAAUGGAGACAAAGGCACAGAAGGGUAUGGAGGGUGCUGCAGGCUUUUCUAGCCCAAAACAAACAGAUGGCCAGAAGGUGGGAGCUCUAAGCCCUCAAGAAGCCUUGAAAGAUCAAAAGUCUCAAAAGGGUCCAGCUGAAGCCCCACCCAAAGUUGUUUCGACUACUGAUACAAUGAAGCAGACAGAUGAAAAGACUGAUCAGGUCUCCAGUGCUAAAACAGUUGACCAAAAGCCCAUGGUUGUAAAGAAAGAAAGCACAGGUGAAGUAAGCAAGAAGCUGCCAACAGAAUCAGUAAAGGAGAAGACUUUGUUUGAACAAGAGGAAAGCAUCAAGAAAAGAAAAGAAUCUCUGGCAACAGAAGGUGAUGAAAGUAGCAAGAAAAGAAAAGAAUCAAUGUUCGCUGGUGAAACCGCUUCUCUUAGAGCUUUGGACAAAUUAGACAAAGAAAAUAGUGUUAGAUUUGCUAGUGCUGGUACUGAAGAAAAGACAAAGCAGGAUUUCAAUGUUGCUGGCAAAGUCAAGGAAGUGAAGAAUGUAGCUGCAACUGCUGCAAAGAAGACCAUGAAAGGACUUAGCACCAUGGAGCUAAGUGAAGAGGGGCAAUCAAUGGUGAAUAUGGGUGUGGCAGUCCUCGUGCUUGUAGCACUUGGAGCUUACAUGAUUUACAGCUAUCGAUCAUCUGGAACUUCCAAAGACUAAUUCUUGCAAUAUCAUGCAUUAAAUUGCAUUUGUCAACUACUUAAACCCAUUGUGUAAACUACUACAAUAAAAUCUAGUCCUCGAAUACUUGUAUGAUUAAAUUCCUCA